UUUGUGGAAAGUGACGCCAAUGACCAUCAGUUUGAGUGUAUGACCAGAUCACUAAUGGAAGAUAGCAAAACCCAUUAUUGGAACCUAAAAAUAGAGAUUAAAUUUUUUUAGAGUGACGAUGAAGGGAUGUGCAGUAACUGGAGGUUGUCCAAGUGACUAUGUUGCCUUUUCUAUAUCAGCCUUUUCUCUCUUUUUGCUUCUUGCUCGCUCGGCAUUCCCGUUCCUGUGUUUCAGGUUGUCAAUUCCUAAAGGCAGUACCUUCUGGAUUCCAGCUUUGCAGAUUCUUGCUAGCUUCAACCUUUUGGUAUCAGUUGUGAUGUCGGUCAAUCUAAUCAAAAUUGAGAGAAGGCAUUGGUGGCACUCUUGUUAUCUCUGGGCAGUUUGGGUUGAAGGGCCAUUUGGGUUUGGUUUGCUGCUCAGCUGCCGCAUAGUACAGGUCUACCAUCUCUUUUUCAUUUUUGUCAAGAAGCGGUUACCACCCGUAAGAUCACAUGUUUUUCUCCCUUUGCUUCUCCUCCCCUGGGUUGCUGUGGCUGCUGUUAUAAAUUUGAAGAAACCACUAAACCAAAUUUGUCAAAUGUCUGCUUUGUGGGUCACUUCAUUGGCCGUCUUACACUCUCUAUACGUUGUCAUAUUUUUUGGGUUGACAAGGUCCAUCCAUCAUGUUGAUUUCAGAUUCAAUGAACUCAAAGACCUUUGGCGGGGAGUACUUGUUUCUACAUUUUCUGUUGUAUUCUGGGUGGUUGCUUAUGUUUUGAAUAAAAUUCAUGAAGAUGUUGAAUGGAUUCGACUUGCCUCCCGAUUUCUGCUUGCUCUUACGACAAGCAUAUUAAUUCUAGCAUUAUUCUCGUAUUCAAGUUCACAACCAUUGCUGUCGCAAAUUAGCCUGAGGAGAAAAGAGUGCCUCAGAUUUGAAAGCAUGGGCCAAGCUUUAGGCAUUGCUGAUCAUGGUAUUCAACAACAGAGACAAUCAGUAACCGCCGACCGCAAUGAACCUCUGGAUAAGCUUCUUUUAGAUAAAAAAUUUCGUCAAUCCUUCAUGGCUUUUGCUGACAGUUGUUUGGCUGGGGAGAGCAUUCACUUCUACGAGGAAGUUCUGGAGCUUGGAGAAUUACCUACAGAUGACUCUGUACGAAGAAUCUAUAUGGCGAGGCAUAUUAUUCAGAAAUACAUUGUUGCAGGGGCUCCUAUGGAGGUGAACAUAUCCCACCGUACUCGGCAACAAAUUUUGAAUUCUGCUGAUCUUGCUCAUCGCAAUUUGUUCAAAACCGCUAUCUACGAGCUAUUGCAAUUGAUAAAAACAAACUUGGCAAGGGAUUACUGGUUAUCCACUUUUUACAUGAAGUAUAAACAAGAAGCCGAUUCAAAAGUGAACGGACAUGAUUUGGAGUUAGCAAUGACUUGGAACGUUACUCCACGACUCAGUUGUGUUCAUGCUGCAGAUGAUCCUUUUCACCAAGAUAAUCUUCUCAAAGGUUCUGAUGUUAUGCCGCUACAGUAAUGGUUGAUCCCAAUAACUCUUGGAAAGUUUGUCUUCCGACAUGACGACCCAUAUGACCUGUGACCAGAUUGGUUGAGAACAUACAUGGAUGAGAGAAAAGAAAGGGGUUUUUGGAAAACGACAGGUAAUUUUAAAGUAAAUGCUGUUUAUGCAGGCAGGCUCACAACUAACAUGUUAGAUUAGGGGUUCUAGACAUGUACAUGGUGCCCGGCUGUACAAUGGUACAUGGUGCUCUUGACUAAGGACCCAUAAAUAUUAGUUGACAUUAGUUAGAUUACCUUUAAUUUAGUUUAAUUACUUAUUUCUAGAGCUCUAAUUUAAAAAAAUGUAACAUAAAAGGUUCUUGAAAAAUAUUGUGUACUUGUUUGUAGGACGAAAGGAAUGAGGGACGUACUAUAAAGGAGAUAGUAUACUUGUUUGUAUGUGACGAAAGGAUUAUAAAUUUCUUCCAUUAUUGGAAUUCGAUUUUAGUAAUUGUUUUGAA